UUCAAUUUCACAUCGCCUCACCAAAAGCUUACCUUUUUCUUUUUAAUGCUCUCUCUCUCGUCCUCCUCUCUCAGCUCUUUUAUCUUUCCUGAAAAUCGCGCUUCCUUUCUUUCCUUCUCUCUCUCUUUCGCUGGCGAUAUGAAGAGAAAGAGGAUAUGAAGAAGCAGCAGCAACAGACGAUUAUGGAGAGUAUGAAAUGGCCGUACUGAUGAUAAUGGCACAUAAAACCAGUACCAGCAAAAGCAAUGCCAGUAAUGUUGAUGCAAAGCAAGUGUUGAAGCCAAUGUUCCAUGAUUUUCUGGGCAUGAAGCCCAUGGAUUCUCCUCCCUCUUUACUUCCCAAAGCCACCGAUUCCACUUCUCUAUCCGCCUCUUCUGCUGCUGCUCGGCCUCCCAUUUCCUCCACCUCUGAUCUCGCCUCCGAAAGACAGGUCGGGAAUCAUCUUGAGGGAGUUCCAUUCUAUGGUCCAAGAAGGGACAUAUCUGCAACUGAGAUAAGCAAUAGAGUACUAGGUAGUAAGAGAAGUAACUCGGAUUCUGCCUUCACAGGUCAUGAUUCCCUCGACAGCAGGCAUUUGAUGAGCAUGAAGAUACUCUGCAAUGGAACUGCAGGAGAGCGACUUAGAAGGAUAAGUGACGAUGAGGGUUUCCUUGGCGUGCCGCACCUGAGGCCUGCUUCUGCAUCUCUUAUCUUGCAGCCCCCAGGUGGAAGUAGAAUUGACGUGGAUUCUAACAAAUGGGAGCGAACACUGACAAUUAAUGCUAAUUCUGCAGUUAAGUACCCGCCUCGUGGAGGUCAAUUUGUGCCUUUUAUGCAUCAAGUGCCUUCAAAUAGGUUCAAGGAUGCAAAUGCUGGUCCUUCAAUCAUCUCUCAAACAGCCGCUGAUGAGGGAUCUAGGACUGGGAUUAAAGGUACUGGAAUUUUGACUUGUAACCACGCCAGUAGUGGUGUUGCUGAGAAAAACUCCUCCGGAUUAUUGUCUAGUGGGAGUAGACUGAAGUCUGGGACUCACACUUCUGAGCCUGAGUCUUCAACUCCUCCAAGUCAGCAGGGAUUAACAUCCAGUAGCCGGCAAAUGACUAUAUUUUAUGGUGGUCAAGCACAUGUUUUUGAUGACGUGCAUCCAAACAAGGCAGAUGUUAUAAUGGCCUUAGCUGGAUCCAAUGGAGGAUCUUGGUCAACGACCUACUCUGCAAAAUCUAUCAUGAAGCCUGUCAAUGAAAGUAACAUACCCAGUGGAGAAUCUGAAGGAGGUGGAAAUGUCAAUAGAGCGUUCCCGCAGGAAUUUCAUGGAAUUUUAGCUGCCAUUGGCAAUACUAGUCAAGGAAUUGGUUCUGCUGAUCGAAUCUCAACACCUGGAGGCGGUCAUCACAGUGGCGGAGUUACAGGGAAAGAGUCCCGAAACUCCAUUCAAGCAGCAGAUCCUAUUAUUGAAGAGAACAAACGAGUGUAAUCUUCAGUAAUUGCGGUAAUUUCAAUAUUGUUUUUAGCUGUCUGGGUAGGAAGAUUUGGGUCCUCUUCUCUGAUUUCUUCUUUAUUUUCUUCCAUCAUUUUCCUUUUCUCUUUGUUUACGGGGCUGAGAGAAAGAAAGAGACAGAGAGGAGAGGUUUAGUGUACUAAUCCUAUCUUGUUCAUAGAGGAAUCAAAGUCAAGAAUGACAUAUCUUUUUUCAUAUUUUUUCA